UAUAACCCGGGAUCCCAGUGUCGGCCUGGUGGGUGUGGAUCGACAAGAUUCCUGUGGACUCCACCCAGUUGCCCAGCUCUGUUCCGGGAAAUGUUCUGGUCCAAUACAGAACGACACACGGCCCGCGACUCACAUUGAAUCGAUUCUAUUUCCACACGACACGAAGGAAAAAUAGUCAAGUUUCGAAAUCCGUAGAAGAGCCGUCGAACCGUGGGACCAAACACUUGCAAACAUGUCCAGAUCAGACUACCCUCCAGGGUACAAUGACUCCCACGGCCCACUGUACACACCCCAGGGCGGGAAUUACCCUCCGCCCCCUGCGUAUGGCUUCCCAGCCUAUGGUGGACCUCAGCCAGGGCAGCCUCCCGCUCCCUACCCGACAGGUCCAAACGCUCCUCUCUUCCCUGGCCAACCAGGAGGCUACCCUGCAGGUCCGUAUCCAGGACAACCGAACCCUGCUGGACCUCCAGGUUCAGGCUACCCUAGUCAGCCCCCUAUGCCUCCCAUCAUCCCGCCUACCAUCCCGUCGGAUGUUAUGAGCUCUGAUGAUGAUUUUGCUGCGAGAGGAAGCGACUGGGACAGUCUGAAGAUUCGGCACGCCUUCAUCAGAAAGGUCUAUUUGAUUUUGGCAUCCCAGCUCCUGGUCACCACUGCCAUCGUUGCCGUGUUCACCUUUGUCCAACCUGUCAGAUAUUUUGUGCAGCGGAACCAAGCAGUCUACUGGGCGUCAUACGCCGUGUACUUCAUUACCCACCUUGUGCUGGUCUGCUGCAAGGGCCCACGGAGGAAGUUUCCAUGGAACUUGAUAUUGCUGCUUAUCUUUACUCUGGCACUGUCUUACAUGACUGGCUCCAUAUCCAGUUACUACGAUACAAAGGCAGUGUUUCUUGCUUUGGCCAUCACAGCCGUGGUUUGCAUCGCUGUCACGGUCUUCUGCUUCCAAACCAAGGUGGACUUCACCAAGUGCCAGGGCUUCUUUUGCGUCCUCGGGAUUGUCGUGUUUGUGACAGGCAUCAUUACAGUCAUUGUGUUGUCUUUCAAAUACAUCUACUGGCUUCACAUGCUUUACGCCGCCAUAGGAGCCAUCGCUUUUACUCUGUUCUUGGCGUACCACACGCAGCUCCUGAUCGGAAACAGGAAGUAUUCCAUCAGUCCAGAGGAAUACGUGUUCGCCGCGCUUUCCAUAUAUGUCGACAUUGUCCAGAUCUUCCUUUUCCUGCUGCAGAUUAUCGGUUCUAGCAAAUAAAUCUCAAGCGGCAUCGUCAACAUCCAAGAACCAUUCCAUGCUGUAAAACCAUUUUGCUUUAUCUCCAGUCAUAACUAGAAUGUAUUAGAAAUAAUUCUACACAUCAUGAAUAUUACUUAAGGGCUGAAUUUAAGAUUGUGUUAUUGCAUAAGACAUUUCUAUGCACUUUCUUAUAUAUUUUACAAUUAUAAACCCACAAUUACCACCCUGCUGGCCUGACGUCAAAUAUUCAUAUCUGCAUGUAGAUUGUAGUGCUUAACUUUGAAGUGCCUUUGUUAAAUAUUUUUGCUAGGCUACAACUUUUACGUACUAGUUUAGAGCGGUUUAGGGUUACGUGCAUUAUUUUCUGCUGUAGUAUAUGUUGCAUAGAUGUACUUUGGCCACAAUCCGGCACUUCUAGGCAUAAUACAGUCUUGAUAAAGGAUGUCAAGGGUGUGAGCUCCCCCCACAUUGACCUUGACUUAAAACAACACAUCGGCAGUGUAUGUGGGGGGGUGAUGAUUUGUAAAUAUGUUCUGUUUGAGGUUUCAUAUAAUAAAUAUUUUUAUUUGUAAGCUUUA